AUGGCUCCCUCCGCCAAGAACCUCGCAGGCACCUCUCGCCCACAUGCCCACGCCAAAGCCCGCAAGGCCAAAACCCAGCAGGCGCGCGUUGCUCUCGCCAAUGCGAACCGCGUCGCAAAGCGCGAUGUCAGGCGCGGCGCCCGCCCUGGACUACUUCCCAACAGCGGACCGCAGGCAGCACUGAGCCGCAAGAAGGCGCGCAAGGUCGAGAAGGCACUGGCACACGCUGCGAAGAGGCGGGAGGAACAAGGGGAAGUUGAGGGCUCGGACGAGGACGAAGAGGCGGACGAGGAAUACGUUGACGCGGAGGAUGAGGAGGAAGAAGCCGAGGUUGAGAUGAAAGAUGCUGUCGAGCCCAAGGCGUCCAAGAAAUCGAAGAACUCGAAGAAGGGGAAGAAGGCUGCUGCAACAACAACGGAUAUGGAGGUCGACGAUAUCGCUUGA